AUGAAUCCCGACUCAUCAUCAACUGAGACAUCCAUCAAGGCUCUUCAGGCGCAGAAUGCGCAAUUUCAGGAAUUAAUCAAGGGUUUGGCUCAAGGCCAAGAAGAGCUGAAGGCUCUGCUCCUGAAGAAGGAGAAGAAGAAGAAGAGAAGAACUGUUCUGUUUAGCUCGGGCCGAAGAGGCACGGUGGUUCUGGCGGAGUUCAGUGCCGUCACCGGCAACACAGGCGCCGUCGCUCGUCGGUUACUCGAGAAGCUUCCUACCGAAUCGGAUUCCAGACUUUGCUUCUCUCAAGAUAGAUAUAUCUUCCACAUACUCCGAUCCGAUGGCCUCGCGUACCUUUGUAUGGCCAACGACACCUUCGGAAGACAAGAGGAUUAUAACAGAUUAAGACCUUUGAGUUAUCGUGGUGCCGAUGUUUUCAUUUUGGCUUUCUCCCUCAUUAGCAAAGCCAGUUAUGAAAAUGUUUCCAAAAAGUGGAUUCCAGAGUUGAAGCAUUAUGCACCUGGUGUUCCCAUUAUUCGGGAUGACAAGCAGUUCUUUGUUGACCAUCCUAAUUUAGAACUAUUUUUGACACGGGCAAUGGAGAAACUUGACAUUCAGAGAUAUACCAGGGAAGCUGGUUUGAGAAAUUUGUUGGGAGGGUCAAACUUUUGCAUUCUUCGGGAUGACAAGCAGUUCUUUGUUGACCAUCCUGGUGCUGUGCCCAUUACCACUGCUCAGGGAGAAGAGCUUAGGAAGCUGAUCAAUGCACCUGCUUAUAUUGAAUGCAGUUCUAAAUCACAGCAGAAUGUGAAAGCAGUCUUUGAUGCAGCCAUAAGAGUUGUCCUUCAACCACCAAAGCAAAAGAAAAAGAAGAGUAAAGCACAAAAGGCCUGUUCGAUAUUGUGA